UUAGUUUCUAGUUUUCUGCAGUCCAGCUUCUUCGCUGGUUUUCAUCCCUGCUUCUCUCAGUUGAGAUUUGAAGAGACUAAAAACUGUUGGAGAGGGAGAAGAGGGGGUGCCCCUCAAAUGUUGUAGGCCUUCACAGUCAGUUUUUUUGUGAGAGGAUUACAGUGCGCUCUCUCAUUCCCAUUGGCUUGGCCCGCCGUGACAGUGGUGUGAUGAUGAGGAGGAUGACAUGCCCAGCAUCUUCCAUAACAAGCUUCCUCUUGGUUCCAUUCAUACGCCCAGGCUUUUGGCUUUAUGUAGUUUUCAGCUCCACUUUGUGUAAACGCUUCAGUCAAUUUGGACUUAGUGUUAGCUUAAAAUAUUUCUCUGGCUACUCCCGAGAGUUCUUCGCACUUUUUCCAUUUUACUCACUAGAGAAACAUGAGCUUUUUGAAGGAGUAGGUGAAUUUAAAGUGCGGUCAGUAGGUGUUUUAAUUAAUGCGUCUGUCCCUGCGAUGGCAAAACCUUUAGAUCACAUCAAGAGACCUAUGAACGCCUUCAUGGUUUGGUCCAGAGGUCAGAGGAGGAAGAUGGCCCGGGAAAACCCGAAGAUGCACAACUCUGAAAUCAGCAAGAGACUCGGAGCGGAGUGGAAAAUGCUCUCUGACUCUGAGAAGCGUCCCUACAUCGACGAGGCCAAGAGACUGCGGGCUCAGCACAUGAAGGAGCACCCGGAUUACAAGUACAGACCCCGGCGCAAACCUAAGAGUCUCCUGAAGAGGGACCGGUUCGUUUUCCCGUUGCCGUCUUUACUCGGGGACGCAGCGGAACACUUGAAAGGAUUUUCCAUCGACUCUUUUCUCGUCCCCGGGGAUAAAGCCAGAGCUCUCCUGGCUCCCGCCUCCGCUGCUUCCUCAUUCUCUCUCCUGGAGCCGGUGGCACAUUUCAGCACCGGAGCUGUCCAGCGGAUGGCGGAGAUACCGCACUCUCUGACCGCAGGCGCCGUGCCCUACAGCGCGCACACCUUUGGAUACCAGACUGGAGGGUUUGGGGGUCUGCCCUGCCCCGCACAGCACACCCACACUCACCCAUCGCCUUCCGGCCCGGGAUACAUGAUGCCGUGUAACUGUGGCGCCUGGUCUGCAGCUAGUUUACAACCCCAGGUGGCAUAUAUCCUCUUUCCUGGAGGGAUGACCAAGAGCGGCAUGGACUCGUACGCUUCACCCAGCUCCAGUGUGUGACAGGCUGGAUACACAUAAAGACGCAUGGGCAGGAGGGGGAAAGUUUGCGCACAGAAAGAAGAAGAGGUCGUUUAGAGACUGAGGCUUAGAUGACCACAUUUAAAUAUUAAAGUGUCAGCGCAGAUAUUUCAAUCACGGAUUGAUUAAAAAAAAGCUAUAAAAGUCCCUGUAUCACUCCUUAUUCCAUGUAAAUAGAGUAAAAAAAAGUAUUUAGAGAAGGGGGAGGGUGGUGAUGAUGCUAAUUUGUUACUCUUUUGUAAGAAAAAUCAUUUCAGUUUAAAUACAGUGGACAUGCAUAACAUAGGACCAACAUGCUGAAGUUAUAGACUUGUCCCUUCCCCCCUUUCCAAAACAGUCAGGUUUUGUAUUUUUCAUUAGUUCUCACACUUGGACAGUUAUUCCACAGAAUAUCUGCAUCAUUAAGUGGGACUGUUUUUGUUUGAUUGAUUGAUUUGUACUCUGAAUUGGCAAUAAUAAAUGUUUUCAGAGGGACUGUCUAUAUAUGUAUUUUUAGAACUGCAUUAAGACUGUGUUAAACCAGGUAAAGCAGUUGGUCAGUUUCUGUUUGAUGAAUAAUAUUAAGCAGAAGCUGGUAGUUGUAGUCACUGGGGGUGAUUCACAACCCUGUUAAUCAUAUUUUACAUCACACAUGAGCUGUAAUAAUUACUUCACUGUUGCGAUUGUGUUAAGCUCUAACCACCCAUCUCCCGAAAAGCUGUUUUACAGACUUACACUAAAGACAAACAGAUACUAAAACACCACAGACACUUCACAGCAACUGACAAACAUUGCAAACAUUACAAAAUUACAU